AUGGACAGCAGAAAAAUUCGAAAACAACGAAAUUCGACGGAUUUAACUCCAAAAGAAUUGGCCAUGUUAAGAUCAGUUUCACAUUUAAGUGAUAAAGAAAUCAAAUUAUGGCAUAAUGAAUUUCUUCGUAAAUAUCCAACGGGUAAAAUCGAUAAAGAUAAAUUUAUUGAAACUUAUAAAGAACUUUAUCCUCAAAAUGAUACACUUUUUUCAUGCAAUACCUUAUUUGAUGUAAUAGAUACAAAUCAUGAUGAAACAAUUGAUUUUAAUGAAUUUCUUUUUCUUGCUGCUGUUGGUAAUCGUACUGGUAGUUUAGAAGAACGACUUGAUAUUGUAUUUGAUUUAUGGGAUGUAUCUAAUGAUGGACUUCUUGAUCAAAAUGAAUUAGCUCAUCUUAUAUCAGCUAUGUAUGAUCGUGCUGGAGUAAAGAAUCGUCAAGGUGAUCAAGAUCCACAUAAACGAGCAAAAGAAAUAAUUAAAAAACUCGAUAUAACUGGUGAUAAAAAAUUAAAUAAAGAUGAAUUUAUAAAUGGAUGUAAAAAUGAUGAAGUAAUUAGAAAACUUCUCAUCCCUGAUCCUUAA